AUCAAAGCGCCCAGCUUUGCAAAGCGCCACCCCAAGAAUCGACUCUCCCAUGCAACAGAUCCCUCACCAGAAGGUAAGCAUGACAGCACCUUCAGAGACGUUACACACUCAGCCAGAAACACUCUGUUCAGUCUCACUCUCCCAAGAUAUUCAGCACAACGAAUGCUUCAUUUUCAUACUUCCCUAGUUGUAGAAUUUCUGUAGCCUGCACUUAUAAACAAAAUAUACUCACACGCGCAAACACAGAUACACACACAUACACACACUCUUCAGUCACACUCAUAUGGGAUCGAAGUGGUUUGAGGACCAGUGCCUCCUCCCAGGCCAGAGGCAUCAGGGUAGAGAGCUCCAGAAAGCUCCAUGCAAAGCUCCUCCAUUAGGGGUUUAAGGAGCAACAGAGGCAGCAGCAGCACAUCCAGCUCUGGGGUCUGUGAGAACAGCCCUGGACCUUGCUGAUCUGAUCCUCUCAGAAUUGGACACUCUCUGUGGGGAGCCAUGUGUGUUAAGUCUCUCACUGCCCUCUACUGGUAAUAUUGGUGAUAACGCAGCACCCACCCUGCCUUCCAAGUUUAACUUCAUACAACUCUAUUUUUGAAUUUGAUAGAUUACCUUUUGCUUUGUUCUCUCUGAUCACACCUCUAUCUGUCUUCCCCCUUAUCCACCUCACCCACAUCUCUCCCCUCCUGAAGGGUCAAACAACCCAAAUCAAUGGCGGCCUCUCGGCCUGCAAUACCUCCUCCGUGUCACUAGAGGCGUCUGGCGAGACAAACUCCUACUCAGGGUCGCCCACCAAGAGGCAAACGCCAAGCCCUGGGGGCAAGACGACCCCCACAAAGAAGGCGCAGUAUAACACCCCUAUUGGGCUGUACUCAGCUGAGACCCUGCGAGAGAUGGCCCAGCUCCAGGAGAGCCACAGAGGAAAGGGCUCUGCAGCAGGCCUCUCAGUGGGGUAUGUAACCAAGUGGAAUAGGCCAGGGGGCCUGGUAGUAGUAGCAGCAGCAGCCAGGGGUGGCUAGGCCUGUUUAACCCCAUAGUGGAGAGGAGGGAGUUGGGUACAAUCUUCGGGUAGAAGUUGCCUGUAGGCUCAGGUGUAGGAUCAGCUAACCCUCUCCAAAGCUAACCCUCUCCAAAGCCUAACUUUCAACAUUUGGAGAAACCCCCCCACAAAACUAACCACAGAUCAGUGUCUAUAGCUAUAACUUCAGCCUACUCCAAGGGGCUCCAGCCUACUCCACCCAGUCCCUGCUGCUCUGCCCUCGUGGGGCAGAAGGAUGGAAAGAGUCUCAGAACAUUCAGAUUUAGCUGUGUAUUCUUAUUCUGAUCUGGGCUCUAGACAGCUUGGUGACCCCAGUUGGUCCUAGUGAUUUAGGUUGCCCCAGAGGGGAGGCAGCACAGUCCCUGUAAAGGCCCCUAACUCAGCCUGUGGCCCUCCUCCAGGUAAUACAAAGAGCCCACGGGAGAUUAGGUGUCCCCUCUGCCGAAAUACACACCGUGACGUCCCAGACAAGCCUUACAGUACGUGUGUAUCUGAAGAGAUCAACCAAACCAUUGCUUUAAACGUGGCCAGGAUGGCUGAAGUGACUGCACAGUGAGAUUGGGGAUUGUGUCUGAUGUGUCAAUGAAAUGCUAAUAGCAUAAUUUGAAUAUGGGAAAGUCAGAGGUGAAUCGCUAAUUGCAGUGCUAUAUCAGUCUUUGUGAUGAGACCUCUAGUGCUAUCUUAACGAGACUUCUAACAAAAAAUACAAUAAUUGAGGAGAGCGAUAAGAUUACUCUGUCACCGUGACGAUGGUUCAGGGCAAGCACCUGUUCUUGUCGUCUCUUUAACAGGCCUUGGAAUGGCUGGGUUCAGGUUUCUCUCUCUUCUGCUGUGCUAAACAUACAGUACCCCAAUAUAUCUGCCUGUCUCAUCUGGCCCUCUCUCUUCAUCUCUCUCUCACCCUCUCUCUCUCACCUCGCCUUCCCCCGCGCCGCGGCACCCUCUCUCGGCAACCCUCUCGCUUCACCCCUCUCGCUUCACCUCCGCGGACCCCGCCGGCACCCCUCGCGGCACCCUCCUCGCGCACCUCGCUCCUCUCUUCAACCUCUCUCUCGCUUCACCUCUCUCUCUCUUCACCUCUCUCUCUUCUCCUCUCUCUCUCUUCACCCUCUCUCUUCACCCCUCUCUCUUCACCCCUCUCUCUUCACCUCUCUCUCUUCACCUCUCUCUCUCUUCACCUCCUCUUCACCCCUCUCUCUUCACCCUCUCUCUCACCCCCUCUCUUCACCCCUCUCUCUCCCUAUAUCUCUUUCUUUAUCUCGCUUUCUAUCCUCAUCUACAAAACAUACAGUACGAAAAUAUCUCUCUCUCUCGUCUGUUGCACUCACUCUCUCCCACUUUCUCUUUAUCACUUCAUACCACUGCUCUGACAUAAGCAGAGUCUGUUAUACAGUGGGGGAAAAAAGUAUUUAGUCAGCCACCAAUUGUGCAAGUUCUCCCACUUAAAAAGAUGAGAGAGGCCUGUAAUUUUCAUCAUAGGUACACGUUAACUAUGACAGACAACAUGAGAAAAAAAAUUUUUUUCCAGAAAAUCACAUUGUAGGAUUUUUUAAUGAAUUUAUUUGCAAAUUAUGGUGGAAAAUAAGUAUUUGGUCAAUAACAAAAGUUUCUCAAUACUUUGUUAUAUACCCUUUGUUGGCAAUGACACAGGUCAAACGUUUUCUGUAAGUCUUCACAAGGUUUUUACACACUGUUGCUGGUAUUUUGGCCCAUUCCUCCAUGCAGAUCUCCUCUAGAGCAGUGAUGUUUUGGGGCUGUCGCUGGGCAACACGGACUUUCAACUCCCUCCAAAGAUUUUCUAUGGGGUUGAGAUCUGGAGACUGGCUAGGCCACUCCAGGACCUUGAAAUGCUUCUUACGAAGCCACUCCUUCCUUGCCCGGGCGGUGUGUUUGGAAUCAUUGUCAUGCUGAAAGACCCAGCCACGUUUCAUCUUCAAUGCCCUUGCUGAUGGAAGGAGGUUUUCACUCAAAAUCUCACGAUACAUGGCCCCAUUCAUUCUUUCCUUUACACGGAUCAGUCGUCCUGGUCCCUUUGCAGAAAAACAGCCCCAAAGGAUGAUGUUUCCACCCCCAUGCUUCACAGUAGGUAUGGUGUUCUUUGGAUGCAACUCAGCAUUCUUUGUCCUCCAAACACGACGAGUUGAGUUUUUACCAAAAAGUUCUAUUUUGGUUUCAUCUGACCAUAUGACAUUCUCCCAAUCCUCUUCUGGAUCAUCCAAAUGCACUCUAGCAAACGUCUGACGGGCCUGGACAUGUACUGGCUUAAGCAGGGGGACACAUCUGGCACUGCAGGAUUUGAGUCCCUGGCGGCGUAGUGUGUUACUGAUGGUAGGCUUUGUUACUUUGGUCCCAGCUCUCUGCAGGUCAUUCACUAGGUCCCCCCGUGUGGUUCUGGUAUUUUUGCUCACCGUUCUUGUGAUCAUUUUGACCCCACGGGGUGAGAUCUUGCGUGGAGCCCCAGAUCGAGGGAGAUUAUCAGUGGUCUUGUAUGUCUUCCAUUUCCUAAUAAUUGCUCCCACAGUUAAUUUCUUCAAACCAAGCUGCUUACCUAUUGCAGAUUCAGUCUUCCCAGCCUGGUGCAGGUCUACAAUUUUGUUUCUGGUGUCCUUUGACAGCUCUUUGGUCUUGGCCAUAGUGGAGUUUGGAGUGUGACUGUUUGAGGUUGUGGACAGGUGUCUUUUAUACUGAUAACAAGUUCAAACAGGUGCCAUUAAUACAGGUAACGAGUGGACAGAGGAGCCUCUUAAAGAAGAAGUUACAGGUCUGUGAGAGCCAGAAAUCUUGCUUGUUUGUAGGUGACCAAAUACUUAUUUUCCACCAUAAUUUGCAAAUAAAUUCAUUAAAAAUCCUACAAUGUGAUUUUCUGGAAUUUCUUUUCUCAAUUUGUCUGUCAUAGUUGACGUGUACCUAUGAUGAAAAUUACAGGCCUCUCUCAUCUUUUUACGUGGGAGAACUUGCACAAUUGGUGGCUGACUAAAUACUUUUUUUCCCCACUGUAUAUUAUUUAUAUGUUAUAUAUUGAAGGAGCCUGCACUGCCAUGGCUUUAUAUCAGUGAUGGACAAGCCUCAGUAAUCAUAGUCGAGGAUGAACUGCAACAAAGGUGAAAACAUAUUUGUCACUGAUGGCUUUCAUUGUUGCGUUUUGUGAUUCCCAGUAAACUCAGUCAGUCUUCACCUUCACCCACUUCAAUCUAUCACUCCAUUUUCUCCUGUCCUAUUCUCUAAUCUCUGACAUACGUUGCGGCUUGCCUUUCACACCACAUGAGCAACCUUGUGGAGGUGGAUUGUCGAGUGUAAUUGUGUUGUCAAUCACUGUAUCUUUCUCUCUCUUCUCCACUGCCGCAGGUUAUUUUCAACACUCCUGCCAAGUUAGUACCCUACCCUGGAUGUGGUGUAGUAGCGUGUGCCCAAACGAUUGUGUGGUGUAGUGUCAUGUUGUUGUUGUUAUUUUCAGUCUCUUUGGUGUGAAGUGGAUGUGCAUUGUCUUGGCUUGUUGUGUAGUGAUUCUGCCUUUGAGAUGGAUGAGCAGUUCUAGUGUCGGUAUUGAUAAUGACCUUUUUGGUUUGCAAUGUAAAGGUCGUCAAAGUCCGCCAGAGAACGUCUAAUAAAUCUUAACCUCAGUCUCAUUUUUUUUUUUUACGUUGCCUGCGAUGUUCAUUAACUUGCAAACCCUCACAGACAAGAUCCCUGUUCAUUAAUAGUGUUUUGGGACAUUUUUUAUUAGAGAAUUUUCUGACUUAAUGCUAAAUUCUCCCAUAAGCAAUCAACCAUGUACAUAUGACAUUUAGGUGGAGAGUGUGGAAGUGUGAAGCAUGUGCUUGUGUAAUUGACUUCCACUUGAUAGAUGGCUAAUACGAUGUAAAAAAUAAUCAUAAUCAUUUGCAGAUCAUUUUGAAACUCUGCAUGAUGAUGCAAUGGUUCAAUAAAUUAGCCUUUAUAUUUUAGUAACUUAGAUGUGCAUGUUUAUAUUAACGUCUCCAUUUGCUCUUUUAUCUUGAUCAGUUUACUUGCUGGCCAGUUGUAUAACAUGAUCUGAGCCUGUAGGCUGAUGCUCCCACAUACCUGGGAGGGUUGAACUGUAUAUUGAGGGAAACCUGAGUGUGUGAGCAGAUAUGUGAGCUGUGCUGUGCCUGUUCUACUGAGAGAUUUACUGUAGAGAGCAUGUUUGCUGUGUAACAUACAACGUCUCUAUGGCAACUGAUCAGCCUUUCUCUCCAAAGCCCCACACUGUUGUAGUAGCCGGGUAGCAGAUCUCUGUGCAUUAGCCAACAACUUUGUUGUGCCACCCGUUGUUGUGCCAUGCAUGUUGAUGUUCCACAUGGCAGUAUACAUGACAGAGGAGUUGGCUAAAGCACAAACUGAUCUGCUAGCCGGCUAUUACACUGUUGAAUUUCCCAUCUCACACCAUUUAUCCUUCCACUGCCACCCUCCUUCCUCACUCUCCUUCACUUUCCCCUCGUUUUCCCUGUCUCUUCCCUUCUUCUCCUCUUCUCCCUUCCCAUCACUACCCUGCCACCUUCCUCCAACCCUCCACCGCUCCACGACAGCAACGAGUACGUCCCCAACUUCAACCCCAAUGUGCUGAAGGACACUGCCCUGUCCACCCACAAGCCCAUCGAGGUGAAGGGUCCUGGGGGCAAGGCCACCAUCAUCCAUGCCCAGUACAACACCCCCAUUAGCAUGUACUCCCAGGACGCCAUCAUGGACGCCAUCGCCGGACAGUCCCAGUCCAAGGGCCACGAGGGCGGGUAAGACCAUCCUUCCUCUGCACUCCCUCCCUUUCCUUCUCUCCUCCCCCCACCCACUCUUUCUAGCUUUUCUACCCAACCUGCAUGACUUUAAUACAUUCUUAGAAAAAAAGGUGCUAUCUAGAACCUUAAGGGGUUCUUCGGCUGUCGCCAUAGGAGAACCCUUAUUGGUUCCAGGUAGAACCCUUUUGGCUCCAGGUAAAACCCUUUUUUCUAAGAGUGUAGUACCCCUCCUUUCCUCUCCUCUGCUGGCUGUGCUGAACUAGUCUGGCACUGCAGUGUAGUGUAGCCGCGCUGUGCUGGAGAAACUAAAGCCACAGACUGACUUCAUCAGGAUGUCUUAUCAGGGUCUGAUGAUCUAGGAUUGUUACCAUCCUUUAAAAUGGUUGUACAGGUCUGUAUAUCCUAAGUGCAUUCUGUAUGUGUCAAGAAGGAACAUACAUACAACACAGAUUGUUUGUAAUAGGUAGCAGUGAGAUCUGUGUGUUCAAAGGUGGUGUUGGUUUUGUGUUGUGUAAUGCUCAGGUUUUGACAGUUAGUUUUGUUGGUGUAUUACUAUUGUAUUGCCUGGUGCUGGAGGGGUUUGGUUUGGUGCACUAAGGCACAGAUGUAGUAUAUUUAUAAAGGCAUAUUCAUUGUUACAAAGGCAGGUCACCUGUUGCUAUAUUCAAGUGUAUUUGUUAGAUUCCUUCCAUUCAUUCUCUGAAUGUCUUCAUGCUGUGUUCACCUUCAAGCAUAAAGCCACCAAGUUAGUCACCAAGCCUUCUCUGAUCCCUUUACAUAGCCUCACCCACACUCAUAAUUACCUUUCAAAUACCUGAAGAUCUCAGGACACACAUCAUAUUCAGCUAGUUACCAUUGCAAAAUUGGGACCGUAAACUUUUGUUCAUAUGUGGAGAAAAGUGUCAUUUUUCUGGGUGAGUUUGAGGAAAACUAAGGCUCUCACUCUGACAUCCACUAUGGGGUUCAUAUCUAAUCCUCCCUCUCUCACUUCCUCGGUUCCUCCACAACCAACCCCAUCACUGCACUGUCCAUCCCACCCACCAUGACAUGCUGCUUCCCCCCCACCCCUCUCCAUCCAUCCACGGUCCCAACUCGCCCGCCCUGCCCCACCCCACCCCUGCUGUAUAGAGAGGAAGUCCCAGCCGGCUCCCCCUUGGCGUAAGUAGACCUCUCUGUGACAACCUAUGGAGCACAGCCUGUGUGCUGUCUCUUCAUAUCCCUUCGCCUCCCUCUCCAUGUCCGUUUCCCUCACUACUCUUUGCUUGUCCACCCCGCUCGUCCCAAACCUUCUCUCUGCUAACCCAAUACGUUCUCACACUGAAUGGAGAGUCUGAUUUUGUUACCCAUGGCAAUGUUCGACACAAGCCACCAAUUGGCGUAGUUUGUGAGUUGAUGGAAUGAUGUCUAGAAUUGCCGGAUAUUGCCUCUGCAUCCUUAAUCCAACGAUGGCAUCAUAAUUUGACGGGAGUCGAUUGCAGAGCAGCUGUUUGUAGAGAACAUCACUAUAUGGUGUUGUUUUGAUAUUCAGGGAUUGUGGCUCUUUAUCAAUGACUAUCUGAUUACUAACUAACAAUUUUCCAUUCAGUUGGAAAAUUGUGCUGAAAUUGUGCUGUUUUGAAAUGCAUGGAAAACAUCCAUGGAUUAGAUGUUUUCUUGCCAUACAUUAUUUGAGGUUUUAGAAAAGCUCAGAGUGAAGUGCAAACCGAUAUUGCCAACAGGUCAACCACAGAAUCAUCAUUUUGUUAUUUGUCAGUUUCGUCAUGUCUAUCAAGCCUUCCCCGCUCCACUCAUUCCUCCAUUCACCAUCAUGUUCUUGUCAUGGUGUUGCAAACCGUUUCUUAGAGGGUGUCCACUCCCCUGCUGGCUACACAGGGAUUCUUUAUGUUUCAAGGCUCUCUGUAAAAUAGGUUUUAUUGUCUGAUGUGAUGUUAUCAAAGGACAAUCUUCUCUUGAAUUGCAAAAAAAAUGCAUGAUUUAUAGGAUAUAAAAAGGAAAUGAACGGAGGAGGGACACAUUGAAGUGCUGGCCUCAGCUAGGUGGCCAGAACUACUCUGACUCUCCCAAUCAGUGCUCAGGGAAUGUGCAGCUGACCAGCAAUAGUUAUGCCAUGUACCAGGAACUAUACUGGUUUAAUAAUGACACUAAACGGAAUGUUCUGAGCUCUUUCCUCCUCCUGCUAAAGGUACAGUGGUUUUUUUAUUGUUUGAAAUUAUAUUUCUGAAAUAUGCUGUUGAGAAAAGAUACCACAGGGUCCAAGCUAGCUAGUAGCUAUGCAGCCAUAAUGCUUCACAUGCAAGCUUCUGCAAAUAGGAAACUAUUAGCCAGCAUUUUAGCAUUUUAUCACUGGUUUGUGUGAGCAUAAGGUGGCGGAUGCAGCUUUUUAAUGUCCAGUUUUUAAGCCCCUCUCUUGCAGCUCCCCUUAUGCAAGACCAAUCCUGGUUUUUACAUCACAAAUUGAAAUAGGUCCUCUCCCAAUGCUCCUUAGUCAUCUAAGUAGGCUACACAGGUUAGUUAUAGUAUAUGCAUACACUCAGACAUACCCCAAUAAUAAAUAAUCACCACCAGACUGCAGUUUCUGAACACUGUGAUCAGAAUCCGAAUAACAACCCCCAAUGGCUAUGGUGGGUAUGAAUUAGUGCCAGUGUGACGAGCCAGCCCUCUCUCUGUGGUUCCAGUUCGCUCCCAGUUAAAGACGCUCAGGUAGACAGUGCCUCCCCAGUGUAUCAGGCUGUCAUCAAGACUGCAGACAGAGACAUGGAGUUGAAUGACUGGGCCCGCAGCUCCUCCCAGGUGCAGUCCAAGUCCUUCCGCCUCCUCGCCCACAUCACGGGAACGGAGUUCAGUAAGUAGUGCUAUUCUAUUUAUAUUUAAUUGAGUGUAGUAUACCCUUCUUACCCUGCCAAACACUCAGUUACUGAUGGUUCCUCUUCUGUCUUCUUCCUCCCCCUCUCUCUCUGUGUCUCUCUGUCUCUGUCUCUGUCUCUGUGUCUCUGUCUCUGUCUCUCUCUCUCUGUCUCUCCUAUAGUGCAAGACCCAGACGUGGAACAUCUGAGGAAAUCAAGGUAGGCAGCUAGCAGCAGCGACCGGUGGCCUAGCAGAAAAGCUGUAUUUAGGCAUUUCUCCAGACCAGACCAUAUGAGCACAGAGCAGAGUUCCUGCUGUGAGCUAGCGGUCAAGGGUCACAGGGUCACUCAGCCCUGCUUCAGGCCCCAACUCCACACCACUCUCUGUGCUGAACUUGAAGGUUAUCCUGUGACUCAUGUCAUUCUGAGCCAACAGUGAGAAUAGUAUGAAGUGUAUCGAUGCUGCAGUGCCCCUCACAUGGAUUACAAAUAGCCCUCAUGAUGAGCUCACACAAGUUCCCAGCAGUUUGUUAGACUCCUCCAGCUGAAACGACACAGAACUUGUAUCACUUUUUAUUUUCUCUUGAGUGAUUUCUCAUGCCUGAGCUAAUUCAUCAGGGACCCUGAUACAGUAUAGUGCAGGACAUCAUAGACCCACCCAGGAGUGGGGUUGAUUUGUGAUUGUGGAGGAUUUGGGAGCCCCCAGUGCACAGGACUCAGGCAGGGGAGUGGAGGCCACAGUCCCUAACCCAUCUCUCAUCCCCCCUUUUCUCCCUCUCUCUUUCUUCCCCCCAUUUCCCUUUUUGUCUUUCCUCAUGCCACAGGGAAAAGUUUGACACAGAAUUUAAAGGCCCACGUUUUGCAAAAUUGAAAAAUUGGCACAAUGGCCUGUCUGCUCAAAUCCUUAACGUGCCAGAAAAAGCCCUGGUU